AUGAACGUCCUGUAUAAUAGUUACGUGCAGAGUGCGUAUUUAAUAGCCGAGAUGAAUAUUCUAAAUAGCAGUUGCAAGGAGAAAUGGAAUAUGAUGGAUCUCAUAAAAAGUGUUAAGAAUGAACAAACAUAUGGCAUAUCAAGACUACACAAAUUUUCAUGGCUUAACUUAUUUUUUCUUUUUAUUCCAUUUACAUUAGUGUACAAUCAUGUGAUAAAACUAGUCCUUUGUGUUGUUAUUUUGUUAUACAUUAAGUAUAUACUUAAUAAUUUUUUUCUUUUUCUGUACAAAAAUAAUAUACAACGAUUUAAUGAAUUAAUAAAGCUCUUGUACAUACAAGCAUAUACAGAGAAUAAUCAACAGGAUAAAGAAAAAUUAGAAUUCCUUAUAGAUGAUUUAUAUUGUAGAAUACAUAAAAUGGCAGAAUCCAUAUUGAAGUUUUACUUUUUUUUUAUGCAAAAUUUAUUUUUUUAUUUUAUGGUGUCAAAUGAUAUCAUCAUUAGUACGAAUCAAUACAGUACUACUUACAAGAGCAUUAAAAAAUUAUUUCAUUUGAAAAAAUUUUACUUUCAUUUGUUUGUUGUAUUGAUGGAGAUUGAAUUAAAAAGAGAUGUUUCGGAAGAAGAUGAAGAAGAAGAAGAAAAAAAAAAAAAAAAAAAAAAAAGUCUUUAUAAAAACAUAAGGAAUGUAUUCAAAUCAAAAUACCUAAAAGAGUAUGAACUGAUGAGAGAAAAUGAAACUAAUUUUUGUCUUUUUUCUCUGCAUCAAUGUUUUAAAUCAUAUGGCAUCAUAACAAUAUUAAUGAUGAUAAGACGUUUAUUUUGCUUUCUACACUUAUUCCUUUUUACCAUAAUAUCAGUAUAUUAUUUAAUAAAGACCUACUUAGUCUUAUCUUCAUAUAUAAAUGUAAUAAAAAAAAAAAAAAAAAAAUUAUUACCCUUAAGGGGGGUCAGUCAAAAGGACUACUCGAAGUAUUCAUCCAGGGAUGAAGAAACAAUAAUUUCUUUUGUGAUAGACUCUUUAAUAUUGUUACAUGACUGUGUCCACGAUGGUAUGGAUUGUCAAUAUGUUUAUGAAACAGUAGAGCAUAAAUUGCGCAGCUCGUUAAGCAUCUUAAAAUCAUUAAGAAGGGAAAUAGCUGAAAGGGGGGUAGCCAAAGGGAUGCAGGCAAAAGGAGUAGAUGCAAAAGGAGUGGAUGCAAAUGGGGUGGAUGCAAAAGGAGUGGAUGCAAAUAGGGUGGAUGAAAAAGGAGUGGAUGCAAAAGGAGUAGAUGCAAAUGGGGGGGAUGCAAAUGGGGUGGAUGCAAACAGAGUAGCCGAAAAAACCUUUAAUGUAAGCACCUCAGGUGGGGGAAAAAAAAAUGAUGCCAACGAACAGAGCAAUGAAAAUAUUAUAUCCACUCCCAUAACUUGUGGUAAAGAUGUGCACAUAAUGGGAGACCAGUUAAUCGAAACUGCUUCUUCCAUACGAAAUAAUGAAAAAAGGAAAAUUUCAACAUAUGAAGUGUACUAUUAUUCACAUAAGGAAGUCCAAAGUAAUAUACAAGAUGAUAACUAUGAAGAACUUCACAAUGCUAAAAGAAACAAGUAUGCAUCUGGUAAAUACUCUAAUAGAAUUGCAGCUGCAAACAACCCAUUAUUCUUUCAGGAUAAAGGAAACAAUGAAAAGAAACUCAUGUAUAAAGAUGAAAAGUAUGUUUCUUUGCACAACAACGAAAAGGAUAGUGAUUUAUGUAUUUACAAUUUGCUAAGCGAGUUAAAAGACACAUUCAAAAAUGAUAAAAAGUAUAUUUAUGUUAACAGAGAGUUAUGUUAUGAUAAUAAAAAAAAGGACUUCACUAUAAAAAGCGUUUUAUAUAACCAAACUAACACGUUGACAUGUAGCCAAACUCUCACAUCAGGGGGAUAUGCUGGAUGUACAAAAUGGGCUAGUAGUUGUCAGCAAAAGGAUAUUGUUAAAUAUGAUAAUGUAAAUACACAAAUCCAACAGGGAAUAAAAAAUAUAGGUACAUUACAUAACAGAAUUAUAUCAAAUAAUAUUAAUCAAGAUAAAGAUAAAAAUAAAAAUGAGGAAACUUCUAACUGGGACUGUUUAAAACCAAUGGAUGAUAUUUCCUCCUUCAGACAAAGAAUUGCUGCAUCCUUGUUUCGAUCGAAGGCCCCUCCGGCGUGA